GUUUCUGCCAUUUCACACCGCCUUAUCUAAUUUACAUCAUCGCUCCCUGCAUCCAUCGACAUGCCUACAAUACACCACACCCCACACCCACCGUCAAACGCCUUAGAAACAAAAGAUAGUUCUGCUACGAACGAAUCAUGCCCUUUGCACAACUAGUAAUAGGCCCCCCCGGGUCCGGAAAAUCUACAUACUGCGAUGGCAUGCACCAAUUCAUGUCGGCAAUCGGCCGCAAAUGCUCCGUUGUCAACCUCGACCCCGCCAACGACAGGACUUCCUACACCCCUGCGCUCGACGUGCGCGAGCUAGUGACGCUAGAGGAGAUCAUGGCCGAAGAUACUCUGGGGCCCAACGGGGGGAUACUAUAUGCACUUGAGGAGGUAGAGGCGAACUUUGACUGGCUAAAGGAGGGCUUGGAGGGGCUAGGAGAUGACUAUGUUCUAUUCGAUUGCCCGGGCCAAGUCGAACUCUUUACACACCACUCGUCAUUGCGAAAUAUUUUCUUCCAAAUCCAAAAACUUGGGUACAGACUCGUCGUAAUCCAUCUUAUCGAUUCCUAUAAUCUUACCCUCCCUUCAAUGUACAUCUCCGCCCUCCUCCUCUCCCUCCGCGCCAUGCUCCAAAUGGAUCUACCUCACAUCAACGUCCUCACCAAAAUAGACAACCUCUCCAACUACCCCCCACUCCCCUUCAAUCUAGACUUUUACACAGAGGUCCAAGACCUAUCCUAUCUCAUGCCGCAUUUAAAGGAGGAAUCCCCUCGCCUAGCAAACUCGAAAUUCGACGCACUGAAUCAGGCGAUCGUCGAGCUUGUGCAGGAUUUCGGACUUGUGGGGUUUGAAACACUCGCGGUCGAGGAUAAGAAGAGCAUGAUGAGCUUGUUACAUGUUAUUGAUCGGGCAGGAGGGUAUGCGUUUGGCUCCGCGGAGGGGGCGAAUGAUACGGUCUGGCAAGUGGCGGUUAGAGAAGGAUUGGGGACAAUGGAUAUAAAAGAUGUACAGGAGAGAUGGCUGGAUGCGAAGGAUGAGUGGGAUGAGAAGGAGAGGAGGGGGUGGGAAGAGGAAGCCAAGGCGCGGGAAGAAGCGGGGAAGAAUGCGCCCCGUGCUGGAGGUGGUGAUAGCGAUGUUGACAUGGACCAUAUGGACGAUUUCGACAUGUCCAUCCUUCCAAAUAGCGGUAUAAAGGUUGUAAGAAAGUAACGAAUGUAUAACGAGCCUCAUGACAUGAAUGUAUAAAACAACAAAAUAACAAGGCAGGGGUAUCUUCAAUAUCGAGAAAUAAAGAAAUUAAUAGAAGUAAAAAGGCGUACUCACUCGUGUGAACUGUUCGAGGAUAGAUAACUCUCUCAUCCCAUAGAGAAUGUCGAGGCACGAAGCACACCCUCCCCACGUAUUCAAUCCUCCUCACUCCCAUCCCCUUCUUCGUCUUCCUCGUCAUCCAACCCCAUUUCUACAUCCACAUCCGCGUCCACUUCCCCAGUCUCCCCUCCAAACCUCCCCUCGAGCACUCCACCACCAACCGCCUCCUCCCCCCUCAUCCGCAUCCGCACAACCUCCCUCCUCGCCCUCGCAAUGGCCUCUUCCUCCGCCCUCCGCAUCGUCCCCGAAACCCUCACGACACGAAACACACAAUCGUUCUGCAUCACUCCAGGCUUGCCGCUCUUGGAUGACGCAGGUGGUAUACGGGACAUAUAUGUCAGCGCGGACCAGACAAGUCUAUAACUCGCGCGGGGACAGCGGAUUAUGGCCGUGGAUGUUGCGGGAGACAGAUAUUUCACUGAAUAUAUGCACACACACGCAUGGGUGAUUGUUUGUUCAUUAGCAAAUGCUGCGAUUGGAUUUAUCAUUUCUUGUACUACCCUCUUCUUCUUCUCCUUCUCCUUCUUCUUCUUCUUCUCCUUUUUGUUCUCACAAGCAACGGCCCGAGCCAGAACUAGGAGACAUGAAAAGAAAUAUACUUACCGCUAACACCCCCCGCGCCGCUGCCGCCCAACCUGCCCAUUCCCCAAUCACCAAAUAUCUCCGCAACAUGCUCGCGCACGGCACGUGCCAGCGACUGCGGUGUUAGCGUAUCGGGGGUCGGGCGGUGGAUGAGGAGAUGAAUAGUCUUUGCAUUGUUGGGAAUGGCCUGUGUAUGUUUCGAUUUGGCUGUUGUUGAAGCGGCAUCGACAAUUGAGUCCGGGUGCGAGGUUGGAGGGUACAAGAUGUCUAUCAGGAGAUAGCGGUGUUUAAAGCGAACCAUAUCUUUUUUGAUAAGGUAUUUUUUCCUUUUCUUAUUCUUUUCUUGUUGGCAGUGGUUAAAAAACUAAGGGGGGAAUGGAAGCCAUGCGCGGCCAACCAGCAUUUUUUUAAAGCUCAUCGUGUCGCCAAACUGUGGCUGCUGCUUCUGGCCCCAAAACAAGCAACAAGAAAAGAUUGAAACAUGAAUUAUACUGCAAUUUGGCUAUUUAAUUAUACCAUUGCUAAAAAAUUGUUUGGUCACAGCUGUCACAGAAUGUUCUCUUCUUACUUGUGGGUUUAAGAAUGCUGAUUCUGAUCACAAUUGCUCCUCCAUGUACUGUACAAGCUUCAUGGACUUGUAGUAUCACUUAUAUGUAUACUCGGUAUUGUCACCGUCAUUUUAUAUAUAACUAGUUAAUAUAGCAUCCCCGAGAUCCGGUUGGAUGACAAGUGACAUGACAA